AUGGAUCAUUCUGAUGGAGGACUUUCUCGAUUCCAGAAGCUAGAGAAGCUUGGUGAGGGUACAUAUGGAAAGGUGUACAAGGCAAAGGAGAAGUCAACUGGUAGGAUUGUGGCUCUCAAGAAGAUUCGUCUGGAGGACGACGGUGUACCAAGCACUGCCCUGCGUGAGAUCUCUCUUCUCAAGGAGUUGCCACACAGCAACAUCGUCACUUUGAUCGAUGUUCUUCAUUGUACACAUAGACUAUACCUUGUCUUUGAGUUCCUCGAUCAGGACUUGAAGAAGUACAUGGACUCAGUGUCUGUGAUCAAUCCACAGUUGAUCAAAUCAUACAUGUACCAGUUGCUCAGAGGAUUGGCUCACUCUCAUAGCCAGAGAAUAUUGCAUCGUGAUCUCAAGCCACAAAACUUGUUGAUUGAUCGUUUGGGAGCGAUCAAGAUUGCCGACUUUGGUCUGGCUCGUGCCAUCAGCAUUCCAGUUCGUGUGUACACUCACGAGAUCGUCACUCUUUGGUAUCGCGCACCAGAGGUGCUCCUGGGCUCCAAGACCUACUCGGUCCCAGUGGACAUGUGGUCGGUCGGUUGCAUCUUUGGAGAGAUGUUGAACAAGAAGCCACUGUUUUCCGGUGACUGUGAGAUCGAUCAGAUCUACCGUAUCUUCCGUGUACUUGGCACUCCCAACGAGUCCAUUUGGCCUGGUGUCACCGAGUUGCCAGACUUCCACGUGAACACCUUCCCCAUCUGGACUGGACAGCCACUCGCCAAGUUUGUCCCCAAUGCAGAGCCACAUGCUAUUGACCUCUUGAACAAAAUGCUCCAGUACGAGCCAUCAAGAAGAAUCUCUGCAAAGGCAGCUCUCAACCAUCCAUACUUCAGCGAUCUUGAUGCAAGCGCAUUCUAA